UUGUUUUAAACGCCACUCAACAUAAAGAAGAAGAAAAGAGAAGCAGAAAGAAAGAAAAUUUUAGUUGAACUUGAAGAGAUCGAAGAAUGUUAGCUUUUCGUAAUUUAUUGUUUUUGGAAUUUUUUAAGUGACCCAAAAUUGUGUUCUCGUUCGCUCGGAUCAAUUCAUUCACUUGAUACUUCAUUUGUAAUUCUAAGAUAGAACACUUGCGAUGCUUUGAGAUUAGAUUUUAGCUAAAAUCAUUAUCUCUCAAAUUAGCUGAAACGUGAGGCUUCGAUGCCAAAGUCCAAAGAUAGGAAAAGCAAGAAAGGAAGAUGAUUUGAUGAUAACAUUAAAAGUUUGUGGUCAUUUUCCCGGGAAAAAGGAAGAAGCUUCUAGUCCAACCACAUAAAAUAAAAGUGGCCAGUAAAUGCAUAAAUGAUAGUAUACUUUUAUAUUUUUUGCUAACUGUCCACAUGUUUAAACCAAUCUUUGAUUGGUAGAAAUAUCAUUUCCAAAAACAACUUUACUCGACAAUGUGUAGUUUACAUGAAAAUAUACUAAGCUUUUUAUCUUAACCUUUUUACUUGUGAAUCUGUAGAUUCUGUUGGAUAUUUCUGCUCAUGACAAUAUAAAUCAAAUUCACACUCUUAAAAUUAUCCCGUGAAAGACGAAACACUUCUCAUGAAAAUGAAAGCCGACAAGUUAAUCAGAUUUAUGUUUAUAUCCACUAAAUCUAAACAGUCAACUCAGUUCGGAUCAUGGGAUUUGAUAUCUUUCAUACGUGAUGUAGUCCAAAACAAUUGUUUUAUCUCAACAUGUAAAACCGAAAAGUUUAUACUGCAACCACGAAAUUCGAAUGGUUCAACACCUAUUUGGCCAAGAAGACUCCACAUAGUUCUAUUAUCUUUUGUUUUGAUAACUGCUGCGUUAAGUUAUUGUGAUUCUUGUAGUUAACAUGGUUAGUAUGUUAAGACAAUUACAGUAAAUGAAGGUAAUCAAACAACCAAACCACACCUCACGAACCAAAGAUUCUCCAGGUUCGACCAUUUGGGAUAAGACUUUAGUUAUUUACAAGGCUUAUGUUUAUAGAUUUGUUCGUUUAUGUUCAAUUUAACACACUGAUUUUUCUACACUCAGCCCAAUACUUACAUGUCCAUGAUCACACACUAAAAGGAUGGUAAGGAAGAGCCACUAAUGGAUUAAAACGAAACAUUUUAAAUACGUAGGAAUGUGCUUUAGAAGUCUAUCAGCCACAUCUCCUUGUUGUACCACCAAGAAAUAAUAGCGUUGUCUUUUUCAUAAAUAAAUGACCAUGAAAUAGUUAAAACAUAUGAUAAAACGCUGAUGAAGCAAAAUGUACGUGGUUACAUGAUGUUUGUGCUAGGUGUUCAUUGGAAUCAUCGCUGGAGUUAAAGUCUAUGCCAAUAAUAGCCCAAUACAAAACAACGGACUGGGAACAAAACGCCAUUCGCCAUGACUAGCAUACUUGUCGAUUUCAUCAUCACCAUUGUAAGAUUAUGAAGAAGACAAGACAGCUGAAAUAUCAUAGGAAUACUGAAAAAAUGAGUUUACACUUUACAUAAUAACAAGCUUGUAGAUCAAUUAAGAGAGGACGAGUGCAAAGACUAUUUGGAGACAUUAUUGGUGAUAAGAAAACAACAUUUCAGAGUGAAAACCGACAUAAGUUUUUAUUCAUACAGAAACACACACUUGGUUAAAACUUAAAACCAUAGGCAAGGCAACUUUUAUCAAAAUAAGUUAAUAACAUUACAUAAUUUUCUCAAAAUUCAAUAGUAAACAUACGUGUGCAACGAUGAUCUGACAUAACGCAAAGUUCACAAAAUCUAUGUCGAAAUUUCAUAAUUAGCUGAUCUUAUCGAACUAAGAACUGUAUCUACUAUUCUUAUUUUUCUUUGGUUUUGGGUGGGAUGAUUGGAUUUCUUUUAUGGAGCAAAGAAUAUUUUUAAGAAUAGAAAAUUCUAAUUACAUGGACUUGGAGGUAGUGCCGGUCCAAUAUUUUCAAAAUUUUAUUGAUGCCCCAAGCUCACUUACAAUAUUAUGUCAUUGUUAUUCAUGUAAUUUUUUUUAUAAUUUUUAAAAUUAUCGGUAUGCUCUAAGCGGUCGAUUCUUUUGCCUAUGCUUCAGCCUUGCGUGGAGCCUUAUCAUGUGACAUAACACUGGGGACUGCAGUUUUUUGAUAAAUAUACUCUUAGCAAAAUAUGUUUCAGUUUGAAAAUCUUAAGUAAUGGAUACUAUACACUUGUGUUGAUAGAUAUCAUUAUAAGAACUGACAUAUAAAAGUUAGAAUUCUUUGGUAAAAAAGUACAAAACUUAUAAAUGAAGGUAGAUGUGUAUUUCUACUAUUUUAGUAUAUAAUUCAUGUUUUAAGUAAUGUGAAAUCCAAUUAUUAAUUUACUUUAUAUAUUUUCCUAAAAUAAAUGAAAUUUGUAUUUCUAAAUACCUUACUCUGUAGUGCUAAUGUGAUUGAAGUAUCAGGUUGGGUCUGAUAAAUCAGUGUAUCAAAACAACAGUUGGUGAAUGAAAGUAUUUGAUGAGAAGAAAAAAACCUUUUUUUAAACCAUAAGAAGAACAGUAACAAUCAAAAUAAAACUUUGGACAUUUAGCCAAAACGGCUUCACCGGAGAUCUCCCACACCGUCACGUAAGACCAUGCGCAUCAGGGGUUCAUGAGGGGGUCGUGGGCUCGAGUUUUUAGGCCCGAAUGAUUUAAAGAAAAUGAAAAAUGGGUUUUAAUCGACGAACCGGGCCUUACGCUUGAACCCGUAAGAGGCGAGUUCAUGCCACGCGUCGGGCGCUGAGUGGCUUCUCCUUUCCGCGUUGACGACGAGGUCGAAAGGGUUUCCGCGUAACGCGAUUCAUUUGUCUCCUCUCUGAAAAACCUAGGGUUUCUUUCCGCGGAGGCGACACACCGUGCGACGGCGAAUUCUGGAGGUUUUCUCCAUCAAAUCGACUCUGUAAUCUCUUCUCGACGCUCUUAGGUCAGUAUUACUUAGAUUCACAGUGAGUUAGCGUCGAUUGAAUGUUCGAAAGGGAUUUGCGAUUUGUAUGAUUUAAAAUCGAUUUGGGGUUUUUUUUUUUAGGGUUCUUAAUCGAUAUGGUAGUUCGAUUGAGGGUUGAAUUGGUUCGAUUUUGUGGUGGAAACUCGAAACCGUUUUCUCGGAUUUCAAUUAAAAAUUGGGGCUUUCGCGUUAGGGAUGUAAAUCGAAGUCUCUGUUUCGAAUAAUAGCUGUAAAUCGUCAUGGUCGUUUCAUGUAGGGUUCGUUUCUCUGAAUGUUCGAAAGGGAUUUGCGAUUUGUGAUUAAAAUCGAUUUGGGGGGUUUUUUUUAGGGUUCUUAAUCGAUAUGGGAGUUCAAUUGUGGUAAUGUGUGCUAAUAAUCUGUCGUUAAUGUGUGCUAAUAAUUGCGAUUGAGGGUUCACGGUUUGUUUAAAACUCGAUUGUUGCAGAUGGAAACUCCCCGAGAACCUCAUUUCUUCAAGCCUCUUCUUCCUGGUUUUCACAGUGGCGUGGCAAUACCACUUGACUUCUACUCAAAACACAUACAAGGGGCUGAGAUCAAUAAACCAUGGAAGCUAAGAUCGGACGCUUCGGAUCAAAUUUGGGAGGUGAUCCGAGAAGGCAGGACACUCACCAAAGGUUGGAAAGAGUUCACCGAAGCACAUGAUCUUCGAAUCGGUGACAUUGUCAUCUUCAAACACGAAGGAGACAUGGUCUUUCAUGUGACACCUUUUGGUCCUAGCUGUUGUGACAUUCAGUAUACACAUCCUCACAUCGUUAAGGAAGAAGCCGACGCGGAUGAUGCUCCUACUUUCUCAUACGACUACUGUUUCUUGGCUGAGGUUACUGCUACAAAUCAAAAGGACGACAAAAUGUUUCUUCCUGUGGAAGCUAUGAGGUGUGGUGCUUUGAACCAACAAUGCAAAGAGGUCAAACUUGUCAACAAGGAGGGAAAGUCAUGGACUGCGCGCUUCGGAUUUAGCGAAUCAGACGGCGCAUAUUACAUCAGCAGAGGGUGGAGAAAGUUCUGUCGUGAUAACAGAUGCACCAACGGAGAUUUGUUUGUGUUCAACGUGGUUGGAGACGGGACGACAACUCCAUUACUGUGUGUAUGUCCGGAAAGGAAGGAGUGUACUGAACUACUGAUCAAGCACUUCAGCAGAAUCGAUGGUAAGUCUUCUCAUUUGACUUGUUUGUGUUGUCUAUAACUUCAAUGUUACUACUUUGCUUCUGCGUUAACUUGUGUUCUCUUCUUCUACAGGUAGCAUUGCUUCUACCUCACGAAAUUAGAUGGCUCUUUUGCGGUCUUUCCUCUCUAUCAUCUGAACUUGUUUCUUUUUGUUUCAUUAGCAACUUAUCAACUUAUGUAUUUCGGUUUGUAAAACUUGAAUGGUUUUUCUAUGUGAACUUUUAUGCUAAGUUAAACAUUCUCGAACUUAAUUGCUUUGUUGAAUGCGUAGACUGAUCAUCGAACAAAAUGUUUCUAUGAAUUGAAUUUAAGUUAAGAAACAACAUAAAAUGUUUUCAUAAAUUUUAUAAUAUAUUUUAAUAUUGUAUUCAUGUAUUCUGAAUAAUUUUAAAUUUUUUUAAAAAAUUAAAAAAUAUUAUUAUUUUAUUCCUAUGAACUCCUUCUUCGGGUUCACUAAUGCAGAAAACAACAAAUUCGGGUUCAU